AUGGUGAAGCUUGGUGGAGAAAGCAAAAGCAUCGAAUCAAAGGUGGACUGUGAAAGAGGGGAGAGAGAGAUGCAGCGGAAGAGAGAAAGUAAAGGGAAGAGUUUACCAUUUAUAGCUCGCCACGUAGGAAACAGAGCUCUGACGAAAAGGACAAAUUUGUCCGGCCCAAAAGUGAGGAAAUGUCUUUCACUGGGGGUUGAUUUUUCAAUUAGGCUCUUUCGUGAAAUGAAAGAUUUAGGGUUUGAGCCUUCUCUUGUAACCUAUAACACCGUCAUUAAGCUUUUAUGUGAUAACUUCAGAUAUAAGCAAGCACUUGAGAUGCUCGAUACCAUGCGUAAGAAUGGAUGUCAGCCAAAUGCAAUUUCAUAUCAUUUCUUUUUCGCUUGCAUGGAAAAGCCUAGGGAUAUACUCACAUUGUUUUAUAAAAUGAUUGGAAGUGGAAUUCGGCCAAGUAUGGACACCUAUGUGAUGCUUGUGAGGAAGUUUGGGAGGUGGGGAUUUCUUCGACCAGUUUUUUUAGUGUGGGAGAAAAUGGAAGAACUUGGAUCCAGUCCUGAUGCAUCUGCUUACAAUGCUUUGAUAGAUGCUCUUGUGGAAAAGGGAUUAUUAGACUUGGCUAGGAAAUAUGAUGAAGAGAUGUUAACAAAAGGACUUUCAUCUAGGCCAAGGAAAGAAUUGGAGACAACACUGGAGGUGACAGGAGAAUCCCCUGGCGGAUAG